CACCCGUCUGUCAGUCCGGCGCAGACGCUCUGCCUCCCCUCGCUGAGCCACUCUCAUGUUGCCGAUUCUGACUGGAAAUAGAAAAUUAAAUAUAUAACCAGGCUACAACGCAGACCAAUAACUUAUUGUACAGCGUAACUCAUACGGUCACUAAGGGGCAUGAGAGCCUUGUUGGAGGCCAGCGAGGUAGCGAGCCCAAGCCAGAGCUGGUGACGGGGACAUGGGCCUGUACCUCAGGGCUUCCUGUAGCACGCUCCUCCACGCCACGCGCCCCUCAGCCCCACCCGGCAGCAGCAGCAGCGCCCCCCACAGGGACCCCGCCCUGGGCACCAGCCCCCGCCCCGGCCCCCCGCCUCCGCAGGCCCAGCACCAAGCAGCAGCCACGCCGGAGACUAGCGACACCAUGAGAGGUCUGGAGAUGGAGGAGAGCCCGCCCGCCCCCUCUUCAGAGGACGGCCCCGCCCCCUCGUCAGAGGACGGCCCCGCCCCCUCGUCAGAGGACGGCCCCGCCCCCUCGUCAGAAGACGGCCACGCCAAGAUUGACAGCAGGAAGCGGGACACUCCGCCCCAACCUGAACCCGACCGAGAUGAAAGCUGCUGCCAAGACAAGAAUGACACUCAGCGGGAGUUGUCGGGAUCAGCAGGGAGGAGACCCAAGUCUAACUCAAAGUUAAAGUUAGUUCGGAGCCUGGCUGUUUGCGAAGAGUCCUCUCCUCCCCCUCCCACUACUGAUCUGCCUGGAGACCACCAGGAAGAAAUUCAAAUCCAGCUGUCCCAGCCGUACGACAAAGAGGAAUCCUCUCCGCUUGUCAGAGAUGAGGAGAAGAGUGUUGAGAGGCUGGACAAAACUGAAAGGAUGCCAAGAAAGAUGUUAUCCAGAGAUUCCAGUCAGGAAUACACCGACUCCACCGGGAUUGACCUCCACGAGUUCUUAGUUAACACGCUGAAAAACAACCCCAGGGACAGAAUGAUGUUGCUGAAGCUGGAACAGGACAUUCUCGACUUCAUCAGUAACAACGAAAGCCAGAAGAGGAAGUUCCCCCCGAUGACCUCCUACCACAGGAUGCUGCUGCAUCGAGUCGCCGCAUACUUCGGCCUCGAACACAACGUUGACCAAACAGGGAAAUCGGUUAUUAUCAACAAAACGAGUAACACAAGGAUACCCGAUCAGAAGUUUUCGGAACACAUCAAAGACGACAAAAGCGAGGACUUCCAGAAGCGGUACAUUCUCAAAAGGGACAACUCCACCUCUGACAAAGAUGACAACAUGAUGCGGAUGCGACUGAAGGACGACCGGAGGAGCAAGUCCAUCGAGGAGAGGGAGGAGGAGUACCAGAGAGCCAGAGACAGGAUCUUUGCUCAAGAUGGUCCAGAUGGGUUUGCUCUUGAAAAAAGGAUACAAGAAGACGAUGCUUGCAACAGCACACAGCAACGACGAAAGAUCUUCAGGUUAAAAGACGGCCGUUCGGGCAACAGUCGCCAGAGCAGCUCGGAGAACGAGCCCAAGUCCUCAGACCCGCGGCCCUGGAGCAGCACCGACUCCGACAGCUCCAACCGGAACCUGCGACCGGCCAUGACCAAGGCCAGCAGCUUCAGCGGGAUCUCCGUCCUCCUGCGAGGAGACAGCUCCGUCCUCCUGCGAGGAGACAGCUCUGGGAGCUGUAAGAGCAUCGGACGCUUGUCCAAGACCGGUUCUGACUCGUCUAGUAGUGUAGGGUCGUCCACGGGUUCUCUGUCUCGCUCCCAGCCGCCCCUCCCUAUGGCCCCGGCCCUCACCCAGACGGGCCUGCCCCCCCUGGGCCCCCUGCCCCCCCUGGGCCCCCUGGGCCCCCUGGCCCCCUGCUCCAGUAGCUCUGUGUUGUACGAGGUGGGCCGGAGUGCCCCUGCUCCAACGCCGGCCUCCGCUAACGCUAGCUACUAUUUGCUUCCACUUGAAGCCACAGGGAUACUGCCAGGAAGUAUCCUGGUCAACCCACACACAGGCCAGCCCUUUGUGAACCCAGACGGCAGUGCCGUGAUCUACAACCCUGGCAUGGUGCCCCCACCCCAGGGCCGGACCCAGCCCCCGGCCCCCUCCGGCCACCACCAGCCCUCGCUCUCCAAUCACACCCUCGCACAGCCGUCGCGGCCCCUGCAGACGUCCAGUCAGCCGGUCCAGUACUCUGCAGCCCCGUAUCCCGCACAGCUCGUCUCCGUCUCCCCUAACCAACAAUACACUGUGCAAGACCCCCUGGGGGGCCAGUUCAGCCACAUGAGCCUGGGCCGCCAGGCGUCUCUGGAGGGUCGGGACCCCCGUGCUGCCCUGUACCCAUCCCCCGUGGUGCUCCAGCCCCCUCCGCCCCCGCCCCAGCAGGCUGGCUACAUGGUGGGGCCCCCGGGCCAGCCCGGCCCCCCCCAGACCUACGCCCCGCCCCCUCCUCCACCCGUCAACCAGCCCGUAAUGCAGCAGCAGGGCUACAUGCAGCAGAUGCCAGCGUGUUACUGUGCUCCAGGCCAGUACCCCCCUCUCCAACCACAGUACAGAGCAGUGGGCCCGGUCCAGUACAGCGCUCCCCAGGGCCAGGCCAUGAACCCUCCGCCCUCACAGCAGACAGGUUACCAAACUGUGAUGCCUAACCCAGCACAGAGCUACCAGGGCAUGCUGGGUCUCCAGCACAGCCAGGGGCAGAACAUGGUCAGCGGUCAGCACAGCAAUAUGGGGAAUCAGAUGCAUGGCAUGAUGGCCCAGUAUCCCUCCAUGCCAUCUUAUCAGGUAUCCAUGUCCCAGGGCUCCCAGGGUGUGCCACAGCAAACAUAUCAGCAACCCAUUCUCCUGCCCGGCCAGCCCAGCCAGGUGCCCAUGCCUGCCUCCAUGCCUGCCUCCCUCCCUGCCUCUAUGUCUGGAUCCAUGCCGGGCACCAUGUCUGGCUCUGGAGUUCAGGUGUACUACAGUGUUAUCACACCCAACCAACACAACACAAUGAGUUCGUCAGUGGGGUUCCUGCCCCCCCCCGGCUCGGAGCAGAUGCACUUCCCCCGGUCGUCCUCCCCCUGCUCCUCCCAGCAGUGCUCAGGCGUGCCCCCGCCACCAGGGGGCGGUAUGGUGAUGAUGCAGCUGACCCUGCCCCCUAGCCAUCAGCCACGCCCACACUCGCCCCCCCAGUGGAAACACAACAAGUACUACAGCCUGGACCAGCACAGAGGCCAGAAACCCUCCGAGCUGGCCGUCCUAGACUCCUCCCAGAGCAGCCCCCAGCUCGGAAGCCCCUCCCCGGCCCAGUCCCCCAGCCCCUCCCACCUGACCAAUGUGAAGAGCGUCCGUCCAGGCCUGGCCCCGGCCCCCAUGAUGCCUCAGUUCUCCCGGCCCUUCCUCCCAGGGCAAGGAGAUUCCCGGUACCCCCUGCUGGGACAGCCCCUCCAGUACAACCCCCAGGUCCGUCCCCCCCUCCUCCACGCCCCCCCCAUGGUCCCCAACCACCAGGGACCAAUGGGAAUGAGGCACGGUGGUGGCGCCGGGCGGGGGAGGAAGCAGCCGAGGAAAGCCCUGUCUACGGACCUCAGUGUAGGAGACGAGCCUAACACACCCUUGAGCGGCCGAGUCCUGGAGGUGACUGACCUGUCGGAGGGGAUGAGGAGGGGCGAGCUGGAGUCGGGGGGACCCGGAGCGGGGCCCACCAUCUAG